AUGACAGAAGAAAAACAGAAACUGAAGGAAUUUUUACAAGCAAGUGAAGCAUUCACUGUAUGUAGUUUGGAGAAUAAUACAUCCUUGCCAAUGUCAAUAGUUCUGCAACAGAGACCUCUCAAGUGGAUUCAUAAUAUUCAAGAUAUUUCUCUAGACCAUUACAACCCAUUAGAAGCAACUAUUAGGAAAUUAGAUGAUGACAAGCGAAAUAUUGGAUUUUAUUUUGUUGUUCCUGAAGACAAGUUUGGUAACUAUCCAGUGCAAAAAUUCCUAGAUCAAAAUGGAAAGGUGAAGAAGAUUAAUGGAUUAGUAAUGUCAAAGGUUAAACGAUAUGUACUUGAGAUCCCUUAUGCAGCAUUGAUUUAA